AUGAGAGAAAUUAUUCAAAUUCAGACAGGACAAUGCGGAAAUUUAAUUGGCGCGAAAUUCUGGGAAGGAAUUUCAGCUGAGCAUGGCAUUGAUUUGAACCGAUCAUAUAUUGGAGAUUCUAAUGCCCAGUUAGAAAAAAUUAAUGUUUAUUAUGAUGAAGCAUCUAAAAAUUAUAUCCCGCGGGCUGUUAUGGUGGAUCUUGAGCCAAGGACUAUCGAUAAUUUGAGGUCUGGACCUUUGGGAAGGCUUUUUAGAGCUGAUAAUUUUAUAUCAGGGAAUACAGGAACAGGGAAUGAGUGAUCUAAAGGGCAUUAUUGUCAAGAAAUAUUUGACCCACUUAUGGACAUUAUAAGGAAAGAGUCUGAACGGUGUGACAGGAUCCAAGGAUUUCAAAUUUGCCACUCAAUUGGAGGAGGUACUGGUUCUGGGCUAGGAACAUUGAUUUUAGAGAAAAUCCGCGACGAUUUUGAACAUAUAAUUUUACAAACAAACUCUGUAUUUCCAUCCCCUAAAGUAUCUGACGUCGUCGUUGAGCCUUAUAACGCCAUUCUUACAAUGAAUGAGCUAAUUGAAAAUGCUACAUCAUGCUAUGCUUAUGACAAUCAAGCACUAUUUAAUAUUGCUUCAACUUGCCUAAAAAUCAAAAUGCCAACAUACAGAGAUUUAAAUUAUUUAAUAAGUUGCGGACUAACUGGGGCUACAUCAAGCUUAAGAUUUCCUGGACAAAUUAACUCAGAUGUAAGGAGGCUUACAGAAAAUUUAAUUCCUUUUCCAAGGAUCAAAUAUUUGAUGACAGGACUUUCACCUAUCACUCAAAGAGACUAUUAUCAGUUCCGGCCACCUACAAUUGUAGAACUUUCUGAGCAGAUGUUUGACCCAAAGACAAUGCUAUGUGAUGCUGAUAUCAGAAGUGGGAGAUUUCUGACAGCUGCUGCAAUGUUUCAAGGGGUCAUGUCUAUAAGUGAAAUCGAACUUCAGGUCAAGAAAAUUCAAGAUAAGUUUUCGCCCAAUUUCGUUGAGUGGAUUCCAUACAGUAUUCAGCUAUCCAAAUGUGAUAUGCCUAGAAAUAAUUGUAAGGGAAAUUUGACUACCAUUUGCAAUUCAACUUCAAUUCAAGAGAUUUUUAUAAGAAUCGAAAGACAGUUUAGUGCGAUGUUUAAGAAAAAAGCCUUUAUUCAUCACUAUGUCGAGGCUGGAGUUGAACAAAUGGAAUUCGUGGAAGCGAAGAACAGCGUGAUGGAUCUGAUUAGUGAAUAUCAGCAAUUUCAGGAUAUGAGCUCAGAUGAUAGUGAUAAAAGCAUUGAAGACGAUGUUUUCAAUAAUUAA